CAACCAGGCCCAAACAACACGCUAUUCAACAGAUCAACAUCUUGCUUUUAUUGCGGUCAAUGUCCAAAGUUCAAACCGCAAAACGUGGCUGAAACGGGCCUGCGACUCGUUGCUUUACCGUGAUUACCAAUCGUCACCACGUCGACCACCCCGCACAGCAGACAAACAGAGCGAACAAUGUCGACCGCGAACCCCGCCCUCGGCUACAGCGACUGCGUGUCGUCGCUGCGCACCUCGCUCUCGUUCCUCGAAUCCUCGGUCGACACCCUCGGUGCAGGCGUGCAGGACUUCCCCCGCCUCUCUUCCGUCCUCAAGACCGUCCGCCACUACGAACUGAUCCCCCAAACGACCCUCGCCGCUGCCGAAGCCUCUCUGCGGGACGAGAUCGGCCCCUUCAUCGCCCUUCUCCUCGACCGCGCAGAAAAACACCUUGAGCGACAGGCCCGCCGCAUCGAGACGCUCAAGGCGAGGGCGGAGCUGAAUGCCGGCCGGCUGUCGCAUUACCCCGCCCCGGGCAGAGGCGGGGGAGAGCAGGAGGGCGGGAAGGGCAGGGCGAAGGGGAAGCCGCUCGACGGCGGGGCCGCGCUGAGGGCCAAGGUGGUGCGGCAGCGGAAGGAGGCGCUCAAGUACGGGGUGGAGAGGCUGGAGUUGGAGGUGCUGCAGAAGGAGAGGGAGCUGAGGAUGAGGUUGGACCAGCAGGAGUAAGUGGGUUGGUGGGAGGAGGGAGGGGUUCCGGUUGGCGGCUGGAACCAGAACAAGAGUUCAAACGACUUGCUGGAUCACGGGGACAGCGCGUCGCUACAGCCACACGGAACGAGAGGCGAUUGCGGUCAAAGGCUGUGG